UGUUAUGGUUUUAUAGUUCCCGCUUUUGGAAUUCACAUCUUAUUUUCUGCUUAAUUCCUUAAAGAUAACUGAUUAUUUAUAUUCAUUUUAAAAUUGUUUGUUAAUAUCUUUUUAGACGACAUGGAAAAUAAACAAUUGAAAAUAUUAGUUUGUGGAGAUGCUGAAGGAAAUUUUAAGACAUUAUUUUCAAGAGUUACCAACAUCCAGAAAAAAAAUGGCCCAUUUGAUCUAUUAUUAUGCGUUGGAGAUUUUUUCGGAAAUGAGAAUGAAGAAUGGAACCGAAUUUUGAAAGGAGAGCUCUCAGUACCCAUAACAGUACUUAUUUUGGGAGCUAAUCAAGAUGCCCAUUGUUCAUAUUAUCCAGAAAAAGAAGGCUGUGAACUCUAUGAAAAUAUACUAUAUCUUGGCAAACAAGGAGUAUUCACCACUAGUUCUGGAUUACAGAUUGCAUAUCUGAGUGGCAGGCAGUGUGACACUGAUUAUGGUUUUACUGUAAAUGAUGUUGAUGAUCUCAUUAAUUCAGUAUCCUCAAGCAAACAAUUCAAAGGAGUUGAUAUAUUAAUUACAUCUCAAUGGCCAAAAGGAGUUGAAAAAUAUGCUGGAGAUGUGGUAAGUUCUUACUAA